AUGAAGUUGGUUGUUGUAGUUCUUGUUGCCAUAUCUUCAGCUAUCGCUAUCCCCACUAUCCCCAAUGCUAAGGAGGAUACUGUGAUUCUUGAGCGUCGUGGUGGUGGUGAUGGAAAAGGAGAUUUUCUUACUCCAAAGUGGGUCGUGCCGCAAUCACAAAAAGCUGACGGAUCGAUCAAAAGAACUUCCAUUCCACAUUUGCCUUUUCCUGACCAAACCAACAUAGUAAAUAACCCCGAUGACUCGAGAUCUGUCGAUACAACUCACGACUCGGAUCCAUCCCUCAAAUUAACCUCUAUUCUCUCAUCAAAUCCAAAAAUGUAUCCUAAUGUAGUUAUUGAUAAACCCAGGCCGAAAAAUCGGAAGUUGAAGGCAGAAAGUCACAAUUUGAGCUUGAAGAAAAAAACACUCGACCGCGAAACUCUGAAAAAUAAUUUCAAAGGGACAAAACUUAAAUGGGCAGAUGGACGUCAAACAGGUUCAAUGAAUUGGGGUCCUGCGGAUGGUCUCGAAGAACCAAGCUGUAUACCCUCUCAUACAUCUAGUGAAAAUACUAUCACAUAUGAUUAA